UCAGCUACAGCGGCGAAAAAGCAGUGUGCUCUCCCUUUCUCUCCUCCCUUAAACUUUUUUCCUAACAAUCAUUUUUGAAAAGAAUGCCUACUAGCGGAUCAUCGUCACCUACGCGCAACACCCGGUGUUCUCCCGAUCUCGUACCCAAGCGUGCUGGCGCUACCAGCAGGCUAGUGACGCUGAUCCCGCCUGACGAGCGGCAAGAUGCAGCUAUGGCGCAUCUCCUCUCUGACCAUGAGACCAUGAAAUACCUGAAAUUCAUGAUGCGGCCCAACGGCUACACGGUGGAGCACGCGAGCUGGCGUCGCCGGGCGCGGGACGAGGGCCAGCUGCGCAAGGAGCUGGUGAACUAUACGAUUGUAAUUAAAAAGUCGCAGCUGCCCAGUGAGCUCGUCGGCAAAAUCCAUGCUGACGAGUACUUGGCGCCCGAGACAGUGCCUGUGGACAAUGGUGUGAUAGAGAUCGAUGAGCCGUACCUGGUUGUUGGGUGCUGCGGGAUGAGCGAGAUUGACGCAUCUAACCAUUGCGCAAAGGCAGGGAUUAUUGUCGAUUCGCGAUUCUGGCGUCACAAGGUCAGCUCAGCAGCCUUGUACCUGACGCUCAAAUUCGGAUUCGAGACGCUAAAUAUGCACCGGAUCGCGCUCGAGACGACAGAGAACAACCUGGGCAUGCGCGGGUGGAUGGAGAAUGUCGUCGGUGUCAAGGUCGAGUGUGUGCGGAAGGAGGUGCUGUACACCGAGGGGAUAGGGUACCAGGACUCGUGGGAUUUCGCAGUAUUUGACCACCAGUGGUUCGGCGGUUUGGAGAAGAAGCUUCGGGUCCGACUUAGCCAAUGAGCUACAAAAAUGUAUUGAGCCUGAAUAAAAAAUCGACCCACAG